UUGCGCUGGUUUCCAACUCUGCAAUGUAUCACGGUGCUGUUCGUCAAACUGCGAUGCGCCGUUCACCAAGUCUGCGAUGUAUUACGGUGCAGUUCGCCCAAUCUGCGAUGCGCCGUUCACCAAUUCUGCGAUGUAUUACGGUGCAGUUCGCCCAAUCUGCGAUGCGCCGUAUCCAAGUCUGCGAUGGCAAUGUGACUGCCGUACGCAGUGUCACCUUCCCUUGUAGUAUCGUCUAUCCCACCGGGUUACGCCCAAGAAGGAAGUAUCCGACGUAUAGAGUACUGCUGAGUGCGCUGUUGUAUCACUCGAACUUACGUUUCAACACGCCUUGUGGCCAUGGCCAUGCAUACGACGUGUGAGAGAUCGUUUUCGCGGCAGCUUUCCAUCAUAUCCGGCUCGAAGGACCAAUGUUGUUUAGUACCCGCACUAAUGUGGUUUUGUGCGUAUACUUAUGCGCCUGUGUCGCUUGCGUAUGUGAACGCUAUUUCUAUCAUAAUAGAAUAACUCGUUGUUUGAGAUAACUAAAAUCUUUAUUAUGCGUCCUGCCGCGACGAUCUCCCGUACAAUACUGCAUGUGCCUACCGGCACGAGCGCCAAUCUCUCCAUAAACAAAACAAAAUCGUGGGACCGAUAGGUCCUUAAACUAGAUGUCGCGACUAAAGCCAAACUAUUACCCUUAGGGAUAAAACAUGAAUCUGACCUGAACGGCUCUCAAACUAAAAU